UUUAUUCUUGAUUUUCAUGAUAAAACUAAAUCAAUUUCCCAUGGCUAUGCCUCUUUUGAUUACCAAAUAAUUGGUUUUCAUCCCAGUGAUAUUGUAAAAAUAGACAUUUUAUUAAAUAAUCAACUAAUUCCCGAUUUAUCUUUUUUGGUACAUCAGAGUUUGGCUUAUGAAAGAGCCAAAACGACUUGCGAGCAAUUAAAAACUACUCUCAAUCGGCAAAACUUUCCCGUUCCGAUACAGGCCAUUAUUGGCAACCAAGUAAUUGCCCGAGAGACUUUGUCCGCUUUAAAAAAAAAUGUUAUAUCUCGGAUUCAUGGAGGUGGGGCUUUAGACCGAAAAAUGAAACUCUGA